CCAAUGUCAGGUAAGUACACAGGAUACACACAUAUAUAUGACUGUGGCCCCCGGACUCCUCCCCCGGCUCCAGUGUCAGGUAAGUACACAGGAUACACACAUAUAUAUGACUGUGGCCCCCGGACUCCUCCCCCCGGCUCCAGUGUCAGGUAAGUUCACAGGAUACACACAUAUAUAUGACUGUGGCCCCCGGACUCCUCCCCCCGGCUCCAGUGUCAGGUAAGUACACAGGAUACACGCAUAUAUAUGACUGUGGCCCCCGGACUCCUCCCUCCGGCUCCAGUGUCAGGUAAGUACACAGGAUACACACAUAUAUAUGACUGUGGCCCCCGGACUCCUCCCUCCGGCUCCAGUGUCAGGUAAGUACACAGGAUACACACAUAUAUAUGACUGUGGCCCCCGGACUCCUCCCUCCGGCUCCAGUGUCAGGUAAGUACACAGGAUACACACAUAUAUAUGACUGUGGCCCCCGGACUCCUCCCCCCGGCUCCAGUGUCAGGUAAGUACACAGGAUACACACAUAUAUAUGACUGUGGCCCCCGGACUCCUCCCCCCGGCUCCAGUGUCAGGUAAGUACACAGGAUACACACAUAUAUAUGACUGUGGCCCCCGGACUCUUCCCCCCGGCUCCAGUGUCAGGUAAGUACACAGGAUACACACAUAUAUAUGACUGUGGCCCCCGGACUCCUCCCCCCGGCUCCAGUGUCAGGUAAGUACACAGGAUACACACAUAUAUAUAACUGUGGCCCCCGGACUCCUCCCCCCGGCUCCAGUGUCAGGUAAGUACACAGGAUACACACAUAUAUAUGACUGUGGCACCCGGACUCCUCCCUCCGGCUCCAGUGUCAGGUAAGUACACAGGAUACACACAUAUAUAUGACUGUGGCCCCCGGACUCCUCCCUCCUGCUCCAGUGUCAGGUAAGUACACAGGAUACACACAUAUAUAUGACUGUGGCCCCCGGACUCCUCCCUCCGGCUCCAGUGUCAGGUAAGUACACAGGAUACACACAUAUAUAUGACUGUGGCCCCCGGACUCCUCCCUCCGGCUCCAGUGUCAGGUAAGUACACAGGAUACACACAUAUAUAUGACUGUGGCCCCCGGACUCCUCCCCCCGGCUCCAGUGUCAGGUAAGUACACAGGAUACACACAUAUAUAUGACUGUGGCCCCCGGACUCCUCCCUCCGGCUCCAGUGUCAGGUAAGUACACAGGAUACACACAUAUAUAUGACUGUGGCCCCCGGACUCCUCCCUCCGGCUCCAGUGUCAGGUAAGUACACAGGAUACACACAUAUAUAUGACUGUGGCCCCCGGACUCCUCCCUCCGGCUCCAGUGUCAGGUAAGUACACAGGAUACACACAUAUAUAUGACUGUGGCCCCCGGACUCCUCCCUCCGGCUCCAGUGUCAGGUAAGUACACAGGAUACACACAUAUAUAUGACUGUGGCCCCCGGACUCCUCCCCCCGGCUCCAGUGUCAGGUUCUUCAUUCCUCAUAAAGGCGCCUGCAGUACUAGAAGCCUUCAGCUCACUUUGCUCACCGUCCACUGAAAGACCCACCAAGAAUGGGGAAGAACCAGAAGGAGAUCACCAGAAAAAUAUUAGACGUCACCUUGGAGAUCAUCUCCCUGUUGAGCGGAGAGGAUUACACAGUAGUGAAGAAGACAUCGGGGGACUGUGUUACUCUCAUCAUACAUGAGUCAGAAUGGUUAAGCAGGUUCCCUAUCACAGAGCCUCCGGCCCUGAAAUUGGGGCAGAAGAUCCUAGAACUCGCCCACAAGAUGAUUGAGCUGCUGACAGGAGAGGUUCCUGUAAGGUGUCAGGAUGUGGUGGUCUAUUUCUCCAUGGAGGAGUGGGAGUAUAUAGAAGGACACAAGGAUCUGUACAAGGAGGCCAUGAUGGAGGACCACCAGCCUCUUCUGUCACUGGAUGGAUCCAGUCAGAGAAAUCCACCAGAGAGAUGUCCCCAUCCUCUAUAUUCCCAGGAUUGUCUGGAGGAAAAGCAAAGUCUGGAUGAUCAGGAAAGUUGUGGAGGAACGACGAGUGGGCUCAAAAAAAAACCAACAGUGUCUGCGAAUGGUAAAUGCUGCAUUAAAGGCUUUCCUGAAGAUUUCCCUCUAUCUCCCUCCCUUGAAGUAGAAGAUAAUCAGUCACCGAUUGGCAAAACAAGAAAUUUCAAAAAGAAAUCUAAUCUUUCCAUGCAUGAGAAAAUUCACACAGCUAAAAGACGAUAUUCAUGUUCAGACUGUGGAAAAACAUUUACUAGGAAACAGACUCUUGUUGGACACCAAAGAAUUCACACAGGAGAGAAGCCAUUCUCCUGCCUGGAAUGUGGGCAGAAGUUUAUGCUUAAAAGUUAUCUUGAAAGGCAUCAGAGAAUUCACUCAAAUGAGAAGCCGUAUUCAUGUUCAGAAUGUGGAAGAUGUUUCACAGAAAAAUCAAAACUUAUUAUACAUGAGAGAUUUCAUACCGGAGAAAAGCUCUUUACAUGUUCAGAAUGUGGGAAAUGUUUUACAAGUAAAUCAAAUUUUAUUAGUCAUCAGAGAAUUCACACAGGAGAGAAGCCAUAUUCAUGUUCUGAAUGUGGAGGAUGUUUUAGGCAGAAGGCAAGCCUAUUAAAACAUCAGAGACGGCACACAGGAGAGAAGCCAUAUUCAUGUUCAGAAUGUGGGAAAUGUUUUAGUCGGAGAUCAGUCCUUGUUAAACAUCAGAUGAUUCACACAGGAGAGAAGCCAUACUCAUGCUCAGAAUGUGGGAAAUGUUUUAGUCAGAGAGCAGUCCUUACUAUACAUCAGAGAUGUCACACCGGGGAGAAACCAUAUUUAUGCUCAGAAUGUGGGAAAUGUUUUGCCCAGAAAUCACAUCUUGUUGACCAUCUAACAACUCAUACUGGGAAGUCAUUUUCAUGUCCUGAAUGUGGGAAAUGUUUUCGCCAAAAAUUAAGUCUUAUUGGACAUCUAAAUAUUCACACAGGGGAGAAACCAUAUUUAUGUUCAGAAUGUGGGGAAUGUUUUAAUCACAAACUAGCUCUUGUUAAACAUCAGAACAGUCAUAAAGGGGAGAAAUCUUAUUCAUGUUCACAAUGUGGAAAAUGUUUUACCAGGAAAUCGAGUCUUGUUAUACAUGAGAGAAUUCACACAGGAGAAAAGCCGUAUUCAUGUUCAGAAUGUGGGAAAUGUUUUAGCCAGAAAGCAGUCCUUCUUAAACAUCAGAAAAUUCACACCGGGGAGAAGCCGUAUUCAUGCUCCAAAUGUGGGAGAUGUUUUAGACAGAAAUCAAGUCUUAUUGACCAUCUGAAAAGUCACUCUAAGGAGAAGCCAUUUUCAUGUUCUGAAUGUGGGAAAUGUUUCCGACAGAAAUUAGGUCUUCUGGGGCAUUUAAAUAGUCACACAGGGAAGAAACCAUAUUCAUGUUCUCAAUGUGGAAAAUGUUUUACACAGAAGUCUGGUCUUGUAAUACAUAGGAGAAUUCACACGGGGGAGAAGCCAUAUUCAUGUUCAGAAUGUGGGAAAUGUUUUGGCUAUAAAUCAAGUCUUGUUGACCAUCUGAAAACUCAUUUGGAGGAGAAGCCAUUUUCAUGUCCUGAAUGUGGGAAAUAUUUUACGCAUAAAUCAGGUCUUGUUUUACAUGAGAGAAUUCACACAGGGGAGAAGCCAUAUUCCUGUGUAGAAUGUGGGAAAUGUUUCAGAUAUAAAUCAAGUCUUGCUGACCAUUUGAAAAUGCACUCUGCGGAUAAUUCAUUUUCAUGUCGUGAAUGUGGGAAAUGUUUUGGCAGGAAAAUGAAUCUUGUUAUACACGAGAGAAUUCACACAGGAGAGAAGCCAUAUUCAUGUUCAGAAUGUGGGAAAUGUUUUACCCAGAGAGCAAUCCUUGAUAAACAUCAAAAGACUCACAGCAGAGAGAGGCCGUAUUCAUGUUCAGAAUGUGGGAAAUGUUUUAAACAUAAAUCAGAUCUUGUUAUACAUCAGAGAACUCACACAGGAGAGAAGCCAUAUUUAUGUUCGGAAUGUGGGAAAUGUUUUAGCCAGAGAUCAAUCCUUGUUAAACAUCAGAAGAUUCACACACGAGAGAAACCUCAUUUAUGAUCAGAAUGUGGGAAAUGUUUUACACAUCAUUCAGAUCUUGUAGACCAUCUGAAAUGUCGCACUGAGAAGAAGCCAUUUUAAUGUCCUGAAUGUGGGAAAUGUUUUCAUCAGCAAUCAAGUCUUGUGGAACAUCUUAGUAUUCACUCAGGAGAGAAGUAAUAAUUAUGUUCAGCAUGUGGAAAAUGUUUUAUACAUAGGUCAAAUCUUAUUUAACAUCUGAAAAGUUACUGAAGCCUUUGUGUCUUGAAUGUGGGAAAUGUUUUCAUCAGGAGUCAAGUCCUGUGGAACAUCUAAAUGUUACCAGAUGCCAUAUUCAUUUUCAGAAUGUGGGGAAUGCUUUAUAUAUGAAUCAAGUCUCGUUAUACAUCAGAGAAUUCACACAGGGGAGAAGACAUUGUAACGCUAUAGGAAAUAGAGCCGAUGUGAGCUCCAUUGUUGGACAUGCUGCCUCCGGAUAACCAUUACUGCUUAACACAGCAAGAUUUCUGGUGGGAUCCUAGUGAUCGAUGUUCUGUGUAAAUGGCCUGAACCAACAUCAGUAAUCUCUCAGAAAACUCUGGGAUGGGGAAUAUCACAGGCUUAUCAAUGAGAACAAUUUCCCCAUACAGAAGGUAGCAUUCACUAUGUGCCCCCUGUGAGCCAGUAUGGAUAGCAGCCAUUACUGCCGGCAGACUCGCUGUCAAGGAAUUCUUGGCAGAACUGCUGUAGUUCGAACACAGGCGUAGGUUUUCUUACAUAAGCUGUCCAAUGUAGAUUGGAAAGAGAUGAAACCUUGGAAUCUUGUACCAUGAGGCUGGCACACUAUCAAACCAAAGUGAGAAUCUUGUGGACGUG